AUGUCGCGGCAGGACGGCGAGGGGCUGCUCCGUCUGCUGCUGUGGCUGGCGCUAUGGGGACUGUGGCGCGGCGCUGGCGCCCUGCCCUCCCUCGGGGCGGCUCUGCCCUUCGGCCGGGGUACGGCGGCGGCCUGCAGCCCGCGCUGCCAGCACGGCGGGCUCUGCCUCGGCAAUAGCACCUGCCUCUGCUCCAAGGGCUACGAGGGCGAGCUCUGCCAGCACGCAACAUGUUAUCCAAAAUGCAAAAAUGGUGGGGAGUGCCUCAGACCUGGAAAAUGCAGAUGUCCACCUGGCUAUGGGGGUAGAUACUGUCAUAAGGUGAGCUGUGAAGGAGGCUGUCAAAAUGGUGGGGAAUGCAUCUCUGUCAAUGGAGUUGUGAAGUGCCUUUGUGCUUCUGGAUGGACAGGAUCAAGAUGCCAAGAAGCAAUUUGUCCUCAAGGUUGUCGGAAUAAUGGAGCUUGUGUGGCUCCUGGAAUUUGUAGCUGUCCAGCUGGAUGGGUGGGUGGAGCAUGUCACUUAGCUGUAUGUAAACUACCUUGUCAACGUGGAGGAAAAUGCAUAGCUCCAAACGUGUGUAGGUGUCGAGUGCCAUACUCUGGUCUGCAGUGCACAAAGAAAAGGAAGGAAUGA